AAUCAUAAAUAAUUGAUUUAUUCUUGAUAAAUAGAAAAAAAGAGAGUAAAAGUCAAAAACAGAAAAACUCGACGAGGAUGGGAUUCGAACCCACGCGUGCAGAGCACAUUGGAUUAGCAGUCCAACGCCUUAACCACUCGGCCACCUCGUCCGAUGGACAGUUAAGCUUUAAAUGUUCUUAAUACUGUCAAAGUAUUUUAUUUUGCAUUAAUUUCCUUUCACUUUCUGUUAUCUCAUAAACAAUUAUACUGUAUAUAACAGACUUCAGUACAUGCUAGAAUGUAUUGUCUCAUCUGCCACGCAUAGCAUAUGCGUUUUAAUGGUCAAUGUGCAUAAGCAUAUUAUGUAAUACAAGAUUUACGAGAGUCUCGUUAUUGUCAACGCCAUGGAAAGUACGAUGAAUACAUACGACGAGUAUACGCCGGUAUAUGAUGAACAGAUUGUAAAACGUUUUGAAAAUGAAUUCUCAAGAAUCAAAGAAGAAUGUUAUUUGGACCAUGCUGGAGCAACUUUAUAUUCUGAUACUCAAAUAAAAAAUAUUGCUGCUGACCUUCAUCACUCACUUUAUGCUAAUCCACACUCCAUUGGAGGUGCAAGUAACAUAACACAAGAUAUCAUAGAACGUAUGAGAUAUCUGAUUUUGAAUCAUUUCCAUACAUCUUCUGAAGAAUACAGUGUUAUUUUCACAUCUGGUGCAACUGAAUCUUUAAAGAUAGUAGCUGAUACAUUCUUGUUUCACAAAGAUCAGACAACUAAUGUAUUGUCCUCUUCAGGACAUUUUGUGUAUACACAAGAUAAUCAUACUUCAGUCCUUGGUAUGCGAGAAGUUGUUGUUAAAAGAGGAGUAAAAAUAACUUGUUUAAGCCAUGAUAAUGCCUUUAAAAUUCUUAAUUACCCUUUGAAUCCUUUGAGUUCUUGUUCACAACAGGAUAGCAAUUCACUAUUUGUGUAUUCAGCACAGUGUAAUUUUUCUGGAUUAAAGUAUCCUCUAAAAUGGAUCAAAAAUGUACAUGAUGGAGUUCUCUCUAACACAGUUAAUGAUACAUCCACCAAAUGGUAUGUUUUGCUUGAUGCUGCUGGUUUUGCAUCAACAAAUGAUUUGGAUCUGUCUACAUUCAAACCAGAUUUUGUUUCUCUAUCUUUCUACAAAAUGUUUGGUUACCCUACUGGGAUUGGAGCUUUGCUGGUCAAAAAUUCUAGUGCUGAUGUAUUGCAAAAAGUUUAUUAUGGUGGUGGUACUGUAGAUGUUUCUUUGAGCUCUGAAAUGUACCAUGUAAAACGUAAAAGUUUACAUGAAAGAUUUGAAGAUGGUACGGUACCAUUUUUGUCCAUAAUAUCCUUAAGACAUGGCUUUGACAUAUUAUCAUCUAUAACAAUGGAAGCAAUUUCAAAACAUGUCUUUUCUCUUGCAAAAUUUUUAUACAAAUCUUUGUUAAUGCUUCAUCAUAGCAAUGGACAACCAGUUGUAAAGUUGUAUUCUGAUACUGUUUAUGAAGAUUGUAAUUUGCAAGGGGGUAUUAUUGCAUUUAACCUUAUACGUUCUAAUGGUGAAUAUGUAGGAUACAUGGAGGUUUUACAUGUAGCAGCCUUAUUUAAAAUACAUCUCAGGACUGGCUGCUUUUGUAAUCCUGGUGCAUGUCAAAGGCAUUUAACAUUAUCAAACAAUGAUAUAUUACAGAAUUAUGAUUCUGGAUAUGUCUGUGGAGGAGCUACAGACUUAAUAAAUGGCAAACCAACUGGUGCUGUGAGAGUUUCAUUUGGAUACAUGUCUACACUUAAAGAUGUUCAAACUUUACUACAUAUGAUUGAAGAAUAUUUUGUAGAUAAACCACAAAUAAAGAAAGUACCAGCUUGGUGGUUAGAGUAUAAAACAACUUUAAAUGAAAAAUAUUAUUACCAUAAUACAAGUACAAAAGAUACAAACAAUGAUACACGAAAUAAUACAUUACAGAACAUAAAAGAAUCAGUCAGUCAUUUUAUUAAUGAUAAUCGAUUCUUAAAGUUGAUGGUAUAUAAUAAUAUAUCCAAGAAAGAAUGUAUUUUAGAACAGUUAUACAUAUAUCCAAUAAAAUCAUGUGCAGCUUAUAGAAUAGCAGGUUCCUGGAAUCUAAAUUCUAAAGGUCUACAAUAUGACAGAGAAUGGAUGAUUGUUUCAUCCUCUGGUACUUGUUUGACACAAAAACAACAUAUCAACCUUUGCUUAUUAAAACCAAUCAUAGAUCAGGAAAGAGGAAUUAUGCAAUUAAAUUAUCCAGGAGUUGCUGCAAUUGAUGUUCCUUUACAUAAUGACUCAGUAAGAACUGUGGAAGGAACAAUAUGCCAAAGUCGAGUUUGUGGACAUAAAGUGGAAGGUAUUGACUGUGGUUCAGAUGUUUCUGAAUGGUUAAGUUUAGCAUUAGGGUUACCAAAUUUGAGACUUAUAAGACAAAGUGAUAAUGACCACAAUAAAAAAGGAAACAAUAAGCCUGAGUUAUCAUUUUCUAGUCAAGCUCAAUAUUUAUUGAUAAACAAAGCAAGUGUAUUAUGGCUUGCUAAUAGGGUAUCUGAUAAAGAAGUUCAGAAAGAAACUAUCAUACAUAGAUUCAGAGGAAACAUCAUAUUAAGUGGUUGUGAAGCUUUUGAGGAAACACAAUGGAAACAUAUGCAAAUAGGAAAAAAUAGUUUUACAGUAUCUGGUCCAUGUACUAGAUGUCAAAUGAUAUGCAUUGAUCAAACUACUGGUAAAAAAACAAUAGAACCAUUGCGUACGCUUGCAGAGCAAUUUCAUGGGAAAUUACGUUUUGGUAUUUAUUUAACUAAAGAAACCAAAGAAGAUGGAAUCAUUACUGUUGGAGACAUUAUUCAUAUUUCAUAAGUGGAAGUUUCUCAUUUGCAAAAAUGUGCAAUAUUCUCAAUUCCACAGAAUAUGAUUUUUUGAGGUUAUAUCGAUUUCAAAUCAUAAAUAUACAUAACAGAGUUAGUAUAGUAUUUUACAAUUUAUAUUUUAUCAAGUAUUAAAUAUGAACUGAAUUGUUCUAUUAGAUUUUAUGUAUAUUUUUUAUACAUAUGUGUCCUACUAAUACGACAUUGGUAUAUCAUGGAUACCAACAUUUGUAUGCUAGAAUAGUUCUGUCUUUUUAUAUAAUUAGUAAAAAAAGAAUGUAUAUUUAUAUGGCGCAAGUAUA